UCUUCACUCCACAUAACUUCAAAGCUUCCAUUUUUCUGGUUUGCAUCUCUCUCUCUCUCUUUCUCUAGAGACACCAUACAAGAUAGUUGUGGUGGCAGCAAUGGGUGUCUCCUUCCUCUCAACUUGCCCUUCUCUGCUUUCACUCGUUGCUAAUGAUACACCACCCUCCACCAGAUACCACCCGCGUUCAGUUUCCAUUUGUUGUAAUAAAACCAUUAGCGAUGUUGUUGGUGAAGAUCCGUUCCAUUGGAGAAGAAGAGAGGUUCUUAAAUGCGUUGGGGCAACCGUUGGCUUGGAAAUAAUUGGAAGCUCUGGAUCACUAGUUGCAAUGGCUAAUGCAGCUGACUUGAUAGAGCGAAGACAGCGUUCUGAAUUUCAGUCUCAAGUCAAGGGAACACUUUAUAAUGCCAUAAAGGGAAAUCCUGAUAUUAUUCCAUCCUUACUGAAACUGGCUCUAAAUGAUGCUUUGACUUAUGAGAAGGCAACAAAAUCGGGUGGUCCAAAUGGCUCUAUACGGUUCAGCUCAGAAAUAAGUAGACCAGAAAAUACAGGGCUUUCUCCUGCCUUAAAUUUGUUAGAGGAAGCAAAAAAGGAAAUAGACUCAUAUUCCAAAGGUGGACCCAUUUCCUAUGCAGAUCUGAUCAACUAUGCAGCACAAAGUGCUGUCAAGGCCACAUUUUUAGCUGCUGCCAUUCGCAAAUGUGGUGGAAAUGAGGAGAAAGGAAAUAUCCUGUACAAUGCAUACGGAUCAAAUGGGCAGUGGGGUUUGUUUGAUAGGCAAUUUGGUAGGCUUGAUGCUCAAGACCCGGAUCCAGAGGGUAGAGUUCCAAUAUGGGAGAAGGCAAGUGUGCAGGAAAUGAAAGACAAGUUUUCUGCUGUCGGAUUUGGUCCUCGCCAGCUGGCUGUUUUGUCUGCGUUCUUGGGGCCUGAUCAGAGUGCAACAGAAACUUUAUUGGCUAGUGAUCCUGAUGUUGCUCCUUGGGUUCAGAAAUACCAGAGGAGCCGUGAAACGGUCUCUCAGACAGAUUAUGAGGUUGAUUUGAUAACUACUUUCACAAAACUUAGUACCUUGGGCCAGCAAAUCAACUAUGAGGCAUAUACAUAUCCUCGCGCAAAGAUUGACAUUACCAAACUCAAAUUGUGAAAAGUAUAAUUGUACCAUGUAAUCUCUUUCCCCAGGACAAACCUUGAACUUCAAGUUUUGACUUGCUUCUGUUCUCUUGUUACUGGAAACUUUGAGCUUCCAUCUAAAUUAUUCAUGCGCAUGUAGUGAGAGAAGUGUUCAAGAA